AACUCCACUCCCACCGCCUCUCUCUCUCUCUCUCUCUCUCUCUCUCUCUCUCUCUCUCUCUCUCUCUCUCUCUCUCUCUCCAGGGUGGGAGAAGCCCUUGCUUCUCAGAGAGGGGGGUCCUUUGGGAAGAGUCACAAAGCGGUUCCCUCAGUGCGCGCGCGGAGCACGGACAGCUCACCCAGCGCUGGGUUGGACAUCACCGACUCCACGGCACCAUCCCGGACCACAGGGCUGAGGUAGAGGAGGGGAAAGAGUGAAAAGAAGAAGAAAGAAGUAGGAGACAAUGAUGACAUCUGAUCCGGGUGCUGGUUGAUCUUUUUUUUUUUUUUUACCCCUUACCUCUCUGACAGCUCAAACUUUGGAUUUCAGCGCAGCAGGACUGACCUCAAUCCGCUCCCAUCCUUCACUUUAAACUUUAAAUACCUGGACACUUUGGAUCUUCUUUGAUUUUCUGUUUUAGUGUCCUCUCCCUGCUCGGGGUUUAGAGUUUGAAGGGAAAAAAAAGUGCGCAUAUCCUGAUUUUAGGAGCGCAUCCCGGCUUUACGCGGAGUCCCGGAUCCAGAGGAGGACAAGCGCGCAGCUGGGUGGAUAAAAUAAUAAUAAUAAUAAAGAAAUACGAGUAAAGCCUCGGAGGUUUGUUCAUGUUUGGGAUCCAGGAGAGCAUCCAGAGAAGCGGCAGCAGCCUGAAGGAGGAGCCGCUGGGAGGCAUGAACGUCCGGAGCUGGAUGCAGGGAGGCGGCGUGUUGGACGCCAACACGGCCGCUCAAAGUGGAGUGGGUCUGGCCCGCGCGCACUUUGAGAAGCAGCCGCCGUCCAACCUGCGCAAGUCCAACUUCUUCCACUUCGUCCUGGCUCUGUACGACCGGCAGGGCCAGCCCGUGGAGAUCGAGAGGACCAACUUCGUGGACUUCAUCGAGAAAGAGAAGGAGACGAGCGGAGAGAAGACCAACAACGGGAUUCACUACAGGCUGCAGCUCCUCUACAGUAACGGCAUCAGAACAGAGCAGGAUUUCUAUGUCCGACUCAUAGACUCCAUGACUAAACAGCCAAUCGUGUAUGAAGGCCAAGAUAAAAACCCAGAGAUGUGCCGGGUGCUGCUGACACAUGAGAUCAUGUGCAGAUUUUUCCUCAAGUUUUUCCUCAAGUGCAACCAGAACUGCUUAAAGAAYGCGGGAAACCCACGAGACAUGAGACGGUUCCAGGUGGUCGUAUCGACUACGGUGAGCGUGGAGGGACACGUCCUGGCCGUUUCGGACAACAUGUUCGUCCACAACAACUCCAAACAUGGUCGACGGGCCCGCAGGCUCGACCCUGUGGAAGGAACGCAGUCUUACCUUGAGCAUGGAGCAGCUCCCUGCAUUAAAGCAAUCAGUCCCAGUGAGGGGUGGACCACGGGGGGCGCCACAGUCAUCAUCAUAGGAGACAACUUCUUUGACGGCCUUCAGGUUAUCUUCGGUACCAUGCUGGUUUGGAGCGAGCGCUGAACGAACCAACCAUCGACUAUGGCUUCCAGAGGCUUCAGAAGGUUAUCCCUCGGCACCCAGGGGACCCUGAGAGGCUUCCUAAGGAAGUUAUCCUAAAGAGAGCAGCAGACUUGGUGGAAGCUCUCUACGGAUUGCCUCAUAAUAACCAGGAGAUCAUCCUGAAACGAGCAGCGGAUAUUGCAGAGGCUCUUUACAGCGUUCCUCGAGGACACACCCAGCUCUCACAGACUCACACAGGCAUGAUGGGCGUAAACUCCUUCACCGGGCAGCUGUCCGUCAACGUCUCAGAACCCGCACAAGCCAAUCAGGGGUUUGUGCGCAGCAGCAGUAGCGUGUCCCCUCACGGUUACGUACCCAGCUCCACACCUCAGCAGACCAGUUACACGUCCGUCAGCAGCACCAUGAAUGGCUACACCAACAACACCGGCAUGACCAACCUCGGAGGCUCGCCCACUUUCCUCAACGGCUCUGCGGCCAACUCGCCUUACGCUAUUGUUCCAUCCAGUCCCACUAUGGCCUCCUCCACCUCUCUACCAUCCAACUGCUCUUCCUCCUCUGGAGUCUUCUCCUUCUCCCCGGCCAACAUGGUGUCAGCGGCCGUCAAGCAGAAGUCUGCCUUCGCUCCGGUGGUCAGACCCUCGUCGUCCCCUCCACCUUCCUGCACCAGUGCCAACGGAAACGGCCUUCAAGAUCAAACAUUUGUGGACUCUAGCAAGUACUCAACAGCCAGCUCUCUACAAGGCCUGGCCUUCACCUGAACCAUCGCAGGAAUGAUCGUGCCGCCCAUGUAAAGGUGUGCGUGAGCGAUUGUGUGUUUCCUGUAAGAUGAAGUCAAGCACACCCUGUCGCUGAUCCCCGUGUGGGAUUUGAUGCGAGUCAGACUCCGGUCCAGGAUGGAAGCAUCCGUCCAGAGCUGAAGGAACAAAACCAACUCAGGCCCUUUUUUUAAUUAAAAAUAAAAAGAUAAAAAAUACAAAAACAACUAUAAUUAAAAAAACAAGAACUAAAACUGUUUGCAAGAUAAGUUGUUCAGACUUUGUACACUGUCAUGAUUUUAUAAAAGAACCGCCACGCCUACGAUUCCACAGUCGCAGGAAGGGAAUCCACUUCCUUCCUUUUGUUUUCUUUUUGUGCAAAAGUUAAUGUGUUCUAAUUUCCCUUUUAAAUGUAACACAAGGAGUUUCUUUUCUUUAUUUAUGAAGUUUUAUCUUCAGUGAAGGAAUGUACUGUGAAAAAGACCUGAUGAGUCCAAAUGAAGCAGGAUUCAUCCAGCCAACACAGACAAGCCAAACCAGACACAACGUUUCUUUUUUUUUCUGCUUUCCUUCACCAAAUCUCUGCUUCGYUCAUCAGCUCUCAGACCAACAGUUGUUUUGUGUGUUUCAGCUGAASGAUGAUGUUCUCCAGCUGCACCUGAUGCUGCAACUUUAGCUGAUCAGGGUUUACUUUCAGCUCACGUCACAUAUGUUUGCUCUCUUUUGCUAUAUGUUCCAUAACAUGUACGUUGGACRUUUUUUUUUCUUUUUGCAGAGAUAAAAUGAAUGCUACAAGCUCUAUUUUAUCGAUUAGGUAAGACCUAACUGUCCACUGAGUCCUCCCGUGUUAAACCACGUCUGCUGCUAACGUCUGAAACCGAUGGAGAACAUGUCUUAAAGGGCUGCGGUUUUGAAUUCAAUCAUUGGUUUGUUUAUCAGAAUUUAUUUUGUCGGGUUUUGUUUCAUAGAUAAGGUAAUUCUUGUUUUCUUUUUUUGUUUGUUUUUGGGGGGUUUUCUGUUGUUUGCUGUGCUUGUUAAGAUAAUAAUGGUGAUUAUGGCCAAUCAGAUUGUGCUUGCCCUUUGACUGGAUUUAAUUGGUUGCAUGAGUUCAAAAAAAAAAACAACCAAAUAGGCAAUUUAUGUCUUAUUUGCAGCUCUGCAAAAAAAAAGGUAAAAUUUGAAACUUUUUUUUUAUUUUAAGUUAUACCUCUGAAAAAAACAAAAGAAUUAGUCAUUUCAACAAGUGCUGYGUGAUUAUCAUAUUUGUGUUAUGACUCCAAACAUUAAGAAGGUGCCAUAAAGUUUGUGCACAGAGGUAAUGAUGGACCCAGGAAAAACAAGAGUUUAAGUAUUGUCAUUUUUUUACCUGCUGGUAUUUUCUGCYUCUUUUCACCUGUUUAAGUUUGUAAAAGGCUUGAUUUGUUUGUCUUAUCAGUUCCUUUCUGUAAAACUAACAGGAAACAAAACUUAAUCAGCUUAAAGAAUAAAAAAGUCACUUUUCCAAUCAGAAGUGAAUAAAUUGGAAGAUGCCUUUUCGUUCAUUUUAUUUGAACAUUUCUUUAUGGCAAGGAUCGUUGAACAUGUUUCAUCGCAAAUGAUGAAAACUACAGUAAAUGUAAAAGUCUAUUUUUAAUUAGGUUUUAACACAUUCAUUGGCUUUUUUUGACAUGCAUCAUCAAACUACUCCCAGAAAUUAAAAAGUAGCAGUCCUUUUUUGCCUUUUGUUUAGGAUAACCUGCACAUUUGUUUCUUCAAUCUUCUCUGAAAUUAGGACCAAAGUCUUUGCAACAUCAUGAAAUUUGACAAAUUCCACUGCAAUUUUAUCAGUCACAUCUGAUUCUCAUUUAAUUUGGAUGAAUUUUAGGAUUAGUCAUUGUUCUGUUUAAAAAGCACAGUUUUAUUACAAAGAAAGUUACACAUUUUUACAACACGGGACGGUCAGUGAUGUUUUAAAAAGCAUAGCUUGUUAGAAAAUUCACRCACCAAUCUGUGUUGCUCCACAGUCUUAGUUUCAAAUUCAUCAUUUUUUUUGUCCCUCGAUUUUUUUAAAGAAAUGACUGUGCAGUCUCAUACUUUGUUGCUUUAAAUACUUUUAAUUGAAACAUAAGUUGCCAUAUCUUAUUUAUCUGUCAGUUAAUUUAAUUAACAUUAUGUUUUUUUAAAUGCUCAAAAAGCCAGUUUUAUUGUUACUCUGAUUAAUUUUACAACGAACAAUAGUUUUUAAGUUAUUCUUAAUAGUUUUAAGUAAAAUGAACAAAAUAAUCAAAAGCACGAAUGAAAGAAAAUGAUGGUUAUCAAACAUCUGAAGGAAUAAAUGUCUUAAAUGUUUAAUUAAAAGUUGUUUUCAGGAUAAACUGUUUACACCCAGAGAACAUGUUUCAUAGGAGAUUUUUAAUUUUACUGGUUUAUUGUUUGUCAUAUAACGUCUGUUAAAAGCCAUAUUGUCACAACUUUCACUCUAAAAUAAGCCAUGUUUUCUUUUGUUAAAUUCAAGAGGAAAUGUUUUCUCAUGUUGAAAUAUUCUUUUGGCAUCCUUUUAUUGUGAUCUGUAGAUGAAGAGUUAAAUGAUUUGUUAUAAUUAAACAUUUCAAAACUUCUUAAUGAAGACUGAAGGAAAUUACUUUUAUUUAAUUCAGUGUUCUUGUAAUUAUUUGCCUUUUUAUUUCUUAAUAUUUUCUUUAAAAUGAGCCACCUAUUUAUUUGAUCCCAGCUUUAUUUGGGCCCAGAGACCACUGUUCUGGUGUUACAGUGACUGUGAGUGUGAGGACAAAAUGUGAUGCUUAAAAGCAAAAAGAUCUCCGCUUGUUGGCGACAUAUAUCUACGUAAAGUGAAGAGUAAAUGAGUGGGUUUUACUGAGAUAAAUAGGAUUCUGAGCACUUGUUUUAACAGCAGUAAUAUUCAUUCAUCCUGGCUUGUCUGCGUUUGGAGCAUCCUUCAUGCUAUCAGCAGUGCGACGAUGAAGAAUACAGAGGAAACUACUGUAUAGAUGAUGAAGAUGAUUUUGUAAUAUUUUGAACUUUGGAGUGUAAAAAAAACCUUUUUGACUUUCACUAUAUUUAAUUAAAGUUCUUUCAUCUCUAAGAAAAA